AGGCAGCUCCUCGGGGACCAUUGCGGCAGUGGCCUGGGCCGCCUCCUCACGAGCAGACUCUUGCGCUCAGGCUCGGCGAUAUUUUAUUAUUUAAUGCUUAACUAUAUUCUGUGUGUUGACGUUAAAAUUACCAAGCAACUUGCUCUACCAUGUAUAUUAUUGUUAUUUUUAAGUGAAAAAUACUUGAGCUGACUGGAUUUUAGCAUAAGCUUGGAUUUAAAACCGAUUGUGAAAAUAUAUAACGUGGAUUUUUAAACGCAAACGCGGUUUCGCAGUCAAUGAUACGGAUCGUUGCGUCUUUAUCCCACUACUACCAGAGGCAUAUACGGGUUGCGUGAAAACCCGAGUCUGGAAACGAGUUGAGAGCAAGCACGUUGGAGAACUUGGUGUCGUUUGCCUCGGCUAAAUGUCAAGCGGAUUGAAGAAGGUGAAGUGAGGUGGACAGUGAAUUCAGCUGUUUAGUCUCAUGUUUACAGUGAUACAGACACAGUGAAGUAGUACCAGUACCAGUACCACUACCGGUACCAGUUGUUACAGUUCAUUUUAAAAUAGUAAAUCAUAAAAUUAUGAUUAAUUGAUUGUUUUUAAAAUAAUUUAUUGUGCAGAAAAUAUUGUGAGCUGAGUCGCUGAACUGUUUAACAGCACAAGUCAGCAGUUAACUUGAUAUUUGACACAUGAGAGUCAGCGGUGGACAGUCGCGAGUGCCUCGAUCGCGUCAACAUCUGGUAGCGAUCGAGCGCGUGUGCGCAUUCUCGGUACCGAGUACGUGGCGCCUCGAUUUCUUCCUGGAGUACACGAAGAUCAUGUGUCUGGUUUAGAGUUCGUUGUAUCCCUGACGUUUUUUUUUUCUGGAUUUUUUUACUUAUCCUCAUUCUUAUUUUUCUCCGUCAUCUUUAUUCUUGUUCUUAUUCUCAUUCCUCGGUCUCUUAUUCAUUUUAAAUUUACCUUUUUAGUAACUCGCUCGUCUUUCUUUUGGUUCCGCGUCGUGCUUUCCGGGUUCAACGGUGUGCAUCCUACUGGACAAGUCUGUAUACAGAUGUGACGACGAUUAUCAAGAAGAAACAGCACCGAAACCAAAACUUAAAGUUAAACUUUUGAAUCAGGAACGAGGAGAGACGAGGAUGACAAUCAUAAGGAUAAUAAUGAUACAGAUUGUGUUUCCACUGGAUGAUAACUGUUAUGGUGGCAAUAGUGAUGAUCAGUGUCGACGCGAAAACCCAUCGAUAAACCUUUGAUAUUUAAUAAAUAUAUAUAUAGAUAUUUAAUACAUAUAUAUAUACUUACACCCAUACUUAUUAUACAAGUGCGUGUAUUACCACUUUCCCUUCGAUGAUUUUACUUGUUUACUCGUUAACUACCAUUUUUACUUUUUACAACAACUUGUAACGCGAGUUAGUUUUUUUUUUAUAAAUUAAUCAUCAAUUAAACUAAUGCGUUUGUGAUUACUCAAGUGAUUGUUUAUGAAACGAUCUAAUAAAUUUAAACAACUGUGGACACUAGUGACUCUGGGCUUAAGAACUCGUCUUCAUCCGUACAAGCACAGAUAAAGUAAUAACAGCGCUGGCGAUUCAAGGAUGCCGUGGGCGAUCGGCCGCGAAGAUUCCCGACACGGUUGAGGGCCCAGGACCUGCGAUCACUGGACUAGUACAAGGAAGCAAACACCAGUCCGAUAACAAUAACAGUAACGGUUAUAAAAAAAAUAAUAAUAAGAGUAAAAAUAAGAAAGAAGAGAGGUGACGUUACGCCAGGUGCGACGAUCGACAAAGGCAAGGCCGGUCCCAAGGAUAUGGACCUUACGGAGGCGUUUCCAGGCGGAAGCGACACCGCCGAUGAACUCGGUAAGACCGACUUCUUCGACUUUGUCGUUUCUCCACUCUCAGCAGCUCCUUCCCACUGCAGUUCGGCGACCAUUGAUGACGACACUGUUAAUUACCUGCAGCAGCAUCGUACGACACGUCGCGGUUUAUAUCUACAAGAUACGAGACGUGACGAUCACGAUGGACGGGAAAUUCACACAACCUCAACUUCCUUCAUAAAACAGGAGACAAAUAAUAAUACUCUCACUGCCCUACCUCCAGUAUCAACGAUAACUGGCUCGCUAAAUCAUCAUGUACGUAAUCACUGCAUCCAGAGCAACGAUCAGAUCCCCAUGGAGGCUGAUUGUGAUUACUGGGGCACCACCGAUGACGGCAAAGAUGGACAACAAACGUGUAAUAUUUUACUAGAGGAUCUUAAUAAAUAUUGCUGGUCUACGCAUUCAAAUCCUCAGUGUCGUGAUGAUGUUACGGAAAAUGAUCCUCAUCACCACAAUCCACAUCAUCGGGUCAGUGGAGGCAAUGAUCGGCAUCAGAAUACGGAUGGCGCCAUUUACACGCUCACCGUACUAAAUAAUGAAACAAAUUCAAUGGAUGGUUUAGAUUGUUGCAAGAGUCCUGUCGCACCGACAAAUGAUUCUUGGACAUUACGACCAAAUUUAGAUUUAGACGCGAUAUUAAAUCUUGAAUCAAGUCAUAACGACGCUGAUUCAGUACACGAUGUACAAAAUUCUGCUGAAAUUGCGAGGAAUAACGAUAGGUAUCAUAUUAUAUCGAGUACGCCAUCAUCACAGUACGCUACUGAUGACAGUGGUUUUGUCGAGAGCAAAGAACUAUGUCGGCAAAAUAAUAAUAAUAAUAACAAUAAUAAUAAUAAUAACAAUAAUAAUAACAAUAACAAUAAUAAUAACAAUAACAAUAAUAAUAACAACAACAACGCGGGAGAUAAUAACAACGAUUGGAAAUUAUCGGAUCAAAAUCAUUUGCAAGAAGUGAGCGGUGAUUCAGCAGAGAGUCUAUUGAGAAAUGCGCUACAGGGUAAAUUGUACACAGGACCGACACAAAUAACACUGCCAUCAUCGACCAAGUCUACUGGUAUAUCAGUAUCACUAUCAACAGCCGGUUGUACAGCAACUGGGGCAGUUGCUCAAAUAAAACAAGAGCCGCAAGAUGAGUCGAUGCACGGGUGUACCGAGGAAGAUUUAUUGCUAUCACAAUUGGAUACCACGACAUAUCGUCCUGGUGAUUAUGAAAAACUUAAAAGUAUUGCCAAUGAAGUUGUUGAGUCUUACUGCAAUUUAGAACCCGUUUGCAAUGUGUCGGGUACUACAACGCUCAUGUACACAUUGGAUCCAACAAGCGGUAGUCUUGGUACAAUAACAUUACCCGCAGAACUUGGUCAAGUGGGAACAGUUACUGUCGUGACAGCAGCUCCCCAGGAUUUAAUCGACCAGACUUCUGUCAGACAAGAAGAUUCUGGUAAUCAGAUCCAAGUCGUCACUGCCAGGGCUAUUGUUAGCAACACCACCGGCACUCCAGGUACGACGACGACGGCCAAGCCGGCAAAGAAAUAUUCGAGGAAAAAUAACCGCAACAACACGAGCAAUGCGAAUGGUGCGAGUGCGGGUGCUGCCAAUGGUAAUGCUGAUGGUGGGAAUCAAAAUGCGUCUGGUAGUUCACCUAGUGCCACGGUGCAGCGUAAGGAACGUUCUCUUCACUACUGCAACAUUUGCCAUAAGGGUUUCAAAGAUAAAUACAGCGUCAAUGUCCACAUCAGAACUCACACUGGAGAGAAACCGUUUGCUUGCUCACUCUGCGGCAAAAGCUUCAGACAAAAAGCUCAUUUGGCAAAACAUUACCAGACACACGUGACACAGAAGCCGAAUGUUGGUAACGGAAGUUGCAGCUCUUCAGCUUCUGCAUCUAAUUCUUCAAAUUCAACGAGAGGAAGUCAUGCUACGGAUACUGCAGUAUGCAGCCCUUCUAGCUAGUUAUAUUUUUUUUUAAAUAAUUCAUAAAAUUAAUUAUAUUUGCGACUUAAUAGACGAAUUUUGUUGUUAAGAAUUUUAAAAAAAAUUUACUUUAAAAUAAACUGUCAUGACUCAGUGUCAAUGCUCUCUACUUUGUGAUGAUCGAGAUUUACUUUUAUCAUUUUUCUCUCUCAAUUGUAUAAAACGCACACGUUCAUCAAACACACUAGUGGUCUCAAAUAUGUAUUUUUUUUUUCAGUACUUUAUUACUUUAAAUUAUCAUUAUUAUUAAUAUUAUUAAUUAUUUUGUUUAAGAUAAGAAUUAAAUUUAAGAAAUUUUUAUUUCGCUUGUUAUCUACUAGAAAAUUUUUUUUUAUUAUUAUAAAUGUCUAAUCACAGGUUUGGAGUGUAAAUUUAGUUUAAAAAAAAUUGUUACCGGGACUUGAAAUUUGAUCAUGUUUUUUGUUUUUCUUGUUUUUUUUUUAAUUAUAUAAACGAAUGAUUUAUAUUGUUAUUUAAGUAAUUAGUAGCAUGAUCUGUGAUUUAGUUACAUACUCACGAAUAGUUUGAUUGUAAAAAUACGUAUAAUUUCCCGCUCAUUUUUGCAACACGGAUUUUAUAGGGUAUUAUUGGCCACUUAAAAUUCCUUAAAAAAUUUGAAUUUUCCGAGCUACAAAUUUAUCAAAAUUUCGUUCAAUUUUUUUCUAUUUACGGAAAGUUUACAGUAAUUUUUUUCCAAACUUUUCAUUGUGUUACGUUUUGAAGUUUAAAAGUUAGCACUUUUUUUGCGCGGUCUUUGAAUAUUUAAUUAUUUAAAAAUUAACUUCUAAUUUCCAAUAAAAAUUAGAUAUAAAAUCUUGAAUUUCGCCAUUUUCUUCUGGAUUUUUUUCAAAACGAUAAAUUAUAAAAAAAAAAGUUUGAAAAAAUUACACCUAUAAUUUAUUUGAUUCUCUACAUGUGCAUUUUUUUAGUUUUUGAAUUUUUAGUAAAUAAAUUGUCAAAAAAAAAAAUUCGAAAAUUGUCAAUUCUAGAAAAUUAAAAUCCAUUCAAAGCUUUUGGAUGUAAAUAUUUGAAAAACAAUAACUUCCCGAAUUUUUUGAAAAUCAUCGAUUUUCUUAGCGGGAAGUUUAAAAAUGUCUCAAUUGUACACUGUAAAAAGAGCGGUGUUAAAAAUGGACUCGUUUUAACUCCGCCCGGUGUAAAAAUAAAAUUACACCGUUGUAAGAGGAGUAAUACACCGCUGUUAAAAAUACCAGUGUUAUUUUAACACCGGUCUAGAAUAUUUACACCGGUGGCGGCGUUAAUUUCACACCGCUUUCGGGGGUAAAUUUAACACCGAUAAUUUUAACACUUACACCGCUUGGACUUACCCCGGUGAUUUUUUACAGUGUAUUUAAAUAAAUUUCUAUCGCUCAAUCUGUGUACGUAUGUGAAUAAAAAUAGUAAUAGUAAGAAGAUAUAAAUAAUUGAAUGUAAAAUGUUAAAUUGAAUAUUUAAAUCCUGAGAUAAUAUUCAAUUUUUCAAUGUUCUUUGUAAAAUGUCCUUGGAGAUCCACAAUACUCAUUGCAUCUUAUGUUAAUAAGGUCACACAACCGUGAACAAAAUUAGACCCUAACACAAUUAUCUGCUUCUUCAAUAAUAAAUAAAAUAAUAAUUACAACUUUAUUUCUUACUUUAUAAGCAUACUUGUAUUUUAUUAUUACUAUUAUUAUUAUUACUUUUAAUUACCUGAAGUGUGUGUUUGUAAACGUGUGUAAUUGUUCAUAUGUCAUGCGAACAACAAUUAAUCGGAUCUCGAAAUUGUUUUAUUUAUUUCAUUAAUUUUAUCUUUAAUACUUCUAUUAUUAUUAUUAUUAUUAUUAUUAUUAUUAUUAUUAACUAUUAAUUAUUAGUAAUAAAUUAAAUUUAAAUAAGCAUUUAAACGAUUGACGUGGAAAUUCCAAAAGAAUUCGACCAAUUAAAAAUACUCAUUAUGGCUUUUUAUAUUUUUUUAUAUCAUGUAUUAAAUAUAAAUAAUUUACCCUUUGAUUUUAAAAGUAUAUUUAUAAAUAAAUAUAUAUAUUAAAUAUUAUAAAUAUAUAAAAAUAAAUAACUAAUGAAAAAAAAAUAUAAGUGAUAAUUAUAUUGAAAUGUACAUUUGAUAGGAAAUUUUUUUUUUUUAUACAAGUUACCAUACACGAUUUCGUUUUGUUUUAUUUUUUAUUAAAGUAUAAAUUAAUUAACUAAUUACGAUUAAUUAUUAAUUAUUAAUAUACGUAUAUAAUAUUUUUUUUUUUGUUUCAAUUACAAAAGACAAUAAUACUCAAAGGCCCGAACAAAACCAGUAUGGAAUGAUAUUAACAAAACAAUUAAACGAAUUAAUUAUUAAUGACUGAAUGAUGAUAUUAAUGUUAAUUAACUAAAUAAAUUAUAUGAAAUUAAAAUUUUUUACUUUACUGUAUUGCGUCGGCCGAUUACAGUACAAAAAAUACUGGAAUUAUUUUAAAUUAUUUUUAAAAAAUAUUUGAAUUAAUUAAUUAUUAUAUUAAAUAAAAUUUAUACUGUUGUGAAUACGCAAUGUUGCUUAACGAGUUCGUAAUAUAUAUAUAUAUAUAUAUUUAUAUAAAUGAUUAAAUGUAUUAGUUAUAUAAAUCAAUGGUUGAACAAACGAAUUAACGUACGUGCACAAAUAAUAAAUUAUUUAAAAAAUUAUAAAUUUAAUAAAGUAGACAAGUAGUAAGUAGUUUUUUUUUUUAAUUAACAAGUAGCUCGGGUGUACAGUGUUCAUGAUAAUUAUAAUUACGAUAAUUAAUCAUUUUUUUUCAAAUUGCCCUGGUUAAGAAAAGCGAUUGGAAAAAAUUAAGAAAAAAAUUUUUAAUACUUUUUAAUUCUUCCAUAUCCUCAUAAUUUUUUAGCAUUAAAUUUAAAUCAUUUUAGAAAGUUCAAAAUCACCCGCUAGUUAAUAAUUUUGAGAAAUUUUAAGUUAUUUAAUUUUCUAGAUACUUCACAAUAAUUAAUCACUAAAUAAUAGGGAAAUUUUCUAUGAUACUGAAGUUAGGCGACGUCUAAUAAUUUUUGGAGUUUAUUUUAGACAGUAAAUUAUAAAAAAAAAAAAUGAAAAAAUUGCACUUGUAGUUUUUUGAAUUAUCUACAAUUGCAUAUUUUUAUUUUUAUUUUUUUUUGUAAUUUAUUUGUUGAAAAAAAAAUCCGAAAAUUUUUAAUUGUCUGCUAACGUCAGGGUCAUAAUUUUCUAAUUGUUGAAAGACGGGACAAUUUGAAAAUAUAUAAUUUUUUGAAUCCUCUUAGAUACUUUUCAAUGAUUGAAUUCAUUUUAUACAGAGAUUCAGAAUUUAAAAAUAAUAAAAUUUUAAAAUACUUCAAAAUUUUUUCAACAGCUAAAUGAUAACAAAAUUUUGAUUCUUAAAAAGAUUUAGAGAAAUUUAAAAAUUUUUGAAUGCUUCCAAAUUCUUUCCAAUCACAAAAAUUUUAUCCCUUCAAAUACUUUUUAAUUUUUAUUGAGAAUUAAGAAAAAUUAAAAAACAUUCAAAUUUUUUAAAUCACUUUUCUUAAUCAGGGUUUUAAUUUUAAAAUUUAAGUUGCACAUUUUGUGCACAAUUGUUAUUAAAGCCAUCGCUUUAUUUACUAACGUAUAUAUGUAAUUUGUUUUAAUUAUAAUUAUUUUUUUUUCUCAGUUACUAUUAUUAUUAUGUUAGUUAUUAUUAUUAUUACGAUUGAUAUUGAAAUAGUUAUUUUGUAGAUAGCUGAAAAAAAAAGUAUUUAUGUGUAAAGUCGUUAUGGUGAGCACGUCGAAAGUUCAUCGGAUUGUGAUUCGUAUUACGAGACGAUAUCAAAUAUGAUCGUGAAGCCAUUGGUGAGAGUUUACUGUUUUUUUCUUUUUUUUUAUUAAUAUAUUAUUAUUAUUAUUACUUUUAUUAUUAUUAAUUACCAUUUUUAAUACUUUUUAAUCAGUAAUUUAAACUUAAUCACUAUUAAAUUUUUAUUGAGAGUUUUUUUAAAUAAACAAUUUAUCAUUUUUUAUUUUUUAGUUGUAAUCGCAUAUCUAUUUAUUAUAUAGAAAAUGUGAUAUUUCUCUGUAAUGUUUAAAAAAAAAAAAAUAAAUGUGUAAUUAUGAUUUUUGAGCUUUUAGUUGACGAAAAAAUAAAUAAAUGAUUUGUUGGAAUUUUUCUUUAUUAAAUAGUAGAUCAUAAUAAUUUUUAUUACCACGCAAACUUUCGGCAAAAUACAAAAAUUUAAUAUUUUAAAGCAAAAAUACUCAAAAUUAUUUAAAAAAAAAAAUUAAUUUUAUUAUUUUUCACUCAAUAAUUUAUGAUCUAUAAAUUUUAAUAUUUUUUUUAUCAUUCCAGUCACGUGCGUUAUUAAAAAGAAAAAAAAUUAGAGACUAAUUUUUGUAACCAAAAGUAGUCUGACAAGUAAUUAUUUAAAAAUUCAAAUAAAUUAAAUAUUUUAUCACCUUUUUAAAAUAAACCGCGAAAUUUUUCUUACUAUCAAAUUUAUGACUCACAAGUCACAAUAAAACUCAAUGAUUAUUAAAUAAAAAAAUAAAAUUCUAACAAAUCAUUUAUUUAUUUUUAAAUUCAGACAAAGCUCUAAAGCCUUUUUAAACAGUAGGUAAAUUUUUUUUCAUAAAAUAAUUUCCACGUCGAUGUCUUUCGACGUGAUCAUCAGUAGUAAAAAAAAGUAAUUUAUAAUUAAAGAAAAUGUACCUACUAUUUUUGUACUUAGAAUUAAUAAAAGUUUGUAUGCUUUUAAAAAUAAAAAACGUCAUUAUUCAAUGAAAUAAUUUAUUUAACCAUUUUUUCCACAUAGGUUUAAUGACAAAGCAAACAAUAUCAGAAUAUACAGUUAUAUAUAAAUUUUAAAUAUAAUUUAAUUAUAUAUCAUUUUUUUUUUCAUUCAUAUAUUCACGCAAAAAAUAAAUCAA